UCACACUGCGACUCUGUCUAUCCGCGACGUACAAAUAGAGUGGCCAUUCAUCUCUGCAUUGAAGCUGAAAAUGAAGUGCGCUACUGCUGCUCUCGGUACAAAGUUCUUUUACGAACAACUACAGACAAUAAAAGUGUGACUAAAGUCCGAUGCAGUCAACCGUGUAAGACGGAGAACCUGAGGAAGGAUUCGACAAUAGAGUAGAAACCACAGAAGAAGGGACGUCUAGUGCUCCUGGACCAGUCUGUUUAUCACCAGCCUGUGGGCUGCUCUUCAGGCUGAGGUUCCUGCCCUGUAUGCCCAGGAAGAAUGACCAGCUCCAGGGUCCAAACAUGCUGCGACAGGCUAAAGGCCUCCUGCCCUGAUCCCCCAACAGGCCUGCUGGCUACCGUCAUAACCAAAGUGACGAUGGGUGCGGUUCUCUUCGCGGUGGUCUGGUCGGUCACGGAGAAGGAGUGCCUGCCCGGGGGGAACAUGUUCGGCAUCGUGAUGCUGUUCAUCUGUGCCGUGUGCGGGGGGAAGCUGGUGGGGCUGAUCCAGUUCCCCACACUGCCCCCCUUCCCUCCCCUCCUCGGAAUGCUGUUGACUGGCCUGGUGCUUCGGAACGUCCCCUACGUCACCAACGGCAUCUACAUCCACCAAUCAUGGUCGGCCGCGCUGAGGAACAUCGCGCUCGCGGUUAUCCUGACCAGAGCCGGCCUGGGAUUGGACGGCUCGGCGCUGAAGAAACUCAAGGCGGUUUGUCUCCGGGUGGCGGCGGGUCCCUGCACUAUAGAAGCGUCCACAGUUGCCGUGGUUUCACACUUCCUGAUGGGGCUGCCCUGGAUGUGGAGCUUCAUCCUGGGGUUUGUGCUGAGCGCAGUGUCCCCUGCCGUGGUGGUCCCCUCCAUGCUUCUCCUGCAGAAGGAUGGGUACGGGGUGGACAAGGGCAUCCCUACCCUGCUAAUGGCUGCCGGGAGCUUCGACGACAUCCUGGCCAUCACCGGCUUCUCCACCUGCCUGGGGAUGGCCUUCUCCACAGGGUCCACCUGGUACAACCUGGGAAAGGGGGUCCUGGAGGUGAUCGGGGGAAUGAUCGCAGGGAUGGUCCUCGGGUUUCUCAUCAAAUUCUUUCCCAGUCAAGACGAAAAACACGUACUGAGGAAGCGAUGCUUCCUGCUCCUUGGCCUGUCUGUGUUUGCUGUGUUCGUGAGUCACAUUGCCAAUUUCUCCGGCGCGGGUGGACUGUGCGCCUUGGUAAUGUCCUUCAUGGCGGGACUAGCCUGGGGCGGGGCAAAGGCUCCUGUGGCAGCGGUCGUUGGGUUAUCCUGGGAAAUCUUCCAGCCGCUGCUCUUUGGGCUGAUCGGAGCUGAAAUCACAGUGUCUACACUGGAGCUCAGUACGGUGGGGCUGGGUAUGGCUGCUAUAACCAUUGGCUUGGCUGUGCGCGUUCUCUUCACCUACUGCAUGGUACUGUUUGCCGGAUUUAACGUAAAGGAGAAAGUGUUCGUCACCCUGGCUUGGCUCCCAAAAGCAACUGUGCAGGCUGCCAUUGGCUCCAAGGCGCUGGACAUGGCCCGGAGCAAAGGGGACCCCGUCCUGGAGAAGUACGGCAUGACGGUGCUAACGGUGGCGGUCCUGGCCAUACUGGUGACGGCGCCCAUCGGGGCCCUGAGCAUCGGGCUGGCGGGGCCCAGACUGCUGCAGAAGCGCGCAGACCCCGCCGCAGGUAAACUGGAAGGAGAGGGUAAUCCUGAAAGCAGUAACGAUUUGGUGUUCAUGACGGAAGCAUCUGUAACUUAUGAGAGUAAGUUGUGAUGCCGAAGACUCCACAGUGAAGACCUCACAAUGAAGACUCCACAGUGGAGACCCCACAGUGAAGACCCCAUAGUGAAGACCUCACAAUGAAGACUCCACAGUGGAGACCUCACAGUGAAGACCUCACAAUGAAGACUCCACAGUGGAGACCCCACAGUGAAGACCCCAUAGUGAAGACCUCACAAUGAAGACUCCACAGUGAAGACCCCACAGUGAAGACCCUACAGUGAAGACCACACAAUGAAGACUCCACAAUGAAGACCCCACAGUGAAGAUCCUACAGUGAAGACCGCACAAUGAAGACUCCACAGUGAAGACACCACAGUGACGACACCACAGUGAAGAACCCUAUAGUGAAGACCUCAUACCCACAGUGUAGACCCCACGGUAAAGACCCUAAAGUGAAGACCUUGCAGUGAAGAACCCUAUAGUGAAGACCUUCCAGUGAAGGAAAGUAUAGUGAAGACCCCACACCCACAGUGAAGACCCUACAGUAAAGACCCUAAAGUGAAGACCCCACAGUGUAGAAUCUACAGUAAAGACCCUACAGUGAAGACCCCACAGUCAAAACCCAACAGUGAAGACCACACAGUGUAGAUCCUACAGUGAAGACCCCGCAGUGUAGAACCCAACAGUGAACACCUCACAGAUAAGAUGCCACAGCGUAGACCCACAGUGAAGACCUCACAGCAAAGACCCCCCAGUGAUGGCCCCACAAUGGAGACCCCACAGUGUAGACACUACAGUGAAGACCCCGCACCCACAGUGUAGACCCCACAGUAAAGACCUCACAGUAAAAACCUCACAGAGUAGACCACACAGAAAAGACCUCACAGUAAAGACCUCACAGAAAAGACCUUACAGUAAAGACUCUCAGUGUAGACCAAACCGUAAAGACCUUACAGUAAAGACUCUCAGUGUAGGCCACACAGUAAAGACUAAAAAGUGAAGACCUCCGAGUCAGACGUAGACAGAAAGGUGACCUGAGGGACGACAAGGACUUGCCGAAAACAACGACUAUCAAAGCAGUUUUGUGUAUUAAAAAUGUAUUAUUUGCAAUA